UAAUGUCGUAAACUUUUGGAUAAACAACUAGACUUUUAAAUUAUAACCAAACUGGCAUCAAUUUAUUUUUUCCUCGAGAUAACGAAACAUUCAUUUAAAUCCAAGUUUAUUUCGUAAAGCUCUUGAACCAUCGAAAUCGACAGUGCUGUUAUAAAUCAGCUUCGGAGUGACGAUGAGCGCACCGCUGUCGCUGCAAGCUUCAUCCAAACCUAUACCUACAUGAAAAAGUAAUAAAUGUAAAAGUAAUAAACUAUUCAGUUACUGUGCUGUACUCGACGUCGUUUUGGGGCUAUUUUUAAAGAACACAACGCGUUGUGAACUAUUUUUUCGCUCAAUUAACGGUUUUGGACUUUGAGCGGAACUUGAGCGGUUCAUAUUUAUUGCUAUACUAAGUAAGUGCAUACAUAAUUUGCAGAUGUUAUGCAUAAUUGGUCACAACAAUAUACUCAAUCGGAUAUGCAAUAUAAAAAUUGGUGAUCUAAAAAAAUAUAUAUGUUCACUUAAAAAGAAAACAUUAAUAAGUUACAUACAACAAUUUCAAAUUAAAACAUUAAAUAUAUAAACAAGAAACAUAAAACUAUAAAUUAAUAUUCAUUCUUUAAAAAAAUUAAAAAAAAUUACAUCACUAAAUUAUCAUGACGACCUCCGUAGCCGAGUGGUUCGCACGCCAGUUUCAAGGUGUCGCCAUCUCUGAGGUACCGGGUUCGAUUCCCGGUCGGGUCAAUGUAGAAAAUGAACUUUUCUAUAUUGACUCGGGUCUGGGUGUUGUGGUACCUUCGUUGUCUCAGAUACUCCAUAAUACGGGGGCUUUAGCUACUCAUCUUGGAAUCUGAGCAAUGUGUGUGAUGUUGUUAAAUAUUUAUUUAUUUAUUUAUCAUCCAAAUAUUCUGCCAGACUAUAAAAUGUCUUUCAAUAACCAGGUUUUGAGAUGUUUUUUUAAGCUUAAUUAAUUUCACAGCCUUAAUGUGUAUACCGAAAGUUUUGUAAUGUUUUUCUUUCGGUUGUUUAUGUGAAUUUGCUGAACAUUUGUUAAAUUUCGCUCAUUAGUGACGAAAUAUUGACAGUCUCGUUGGUUUGGUGGUGGUGGUUUUUGAAACCGGCACUGAAAUAUAUUUAUAAAACAAGUGAUGUCCUUUUUUAAGUUCUUAAACAAGUUAUUUUACCAUUCCAGCUCACGCCAAACAAAACUAGCUCAGAUAUAUGUAUAGAACUAUGCGAAAAAGCGAAAUCGGAAUCUCACCUUCUAAUGCUAGAAGAGGUUAUAUGCAACGAAUCAAUGAGGCGUAUAGUCCAUAUAGAUGAAGUGGUCCUCGACGUGGUCUUAAGAUGGGGCUACUGGGACGAGGAAGACAGGAAGGACAACUACCUGGUUGUGACCGAUAAUAAGAUAUUGUCCGAGAUAGAGUCCCUGAGGAACACCGUGUCUAUGGUCUGCGGUGAACUGAAACUGGCUACGGAAUCGACUAAAGCGUUCAAAUCGCACAUGUUCGAGAUACACAACGGCGUUAUGUGCUGUUUUAAAGACAAGCAGGGAUCUCAUAAACUCGAAGAGUGGAACGUCAAAGAAAUAUUAUGGUACAUUGGUCAUGAACCCAAACGCAAUCCUCAAACGCGGUGGGCCUUCACGAUAAUACCGCGCAAUAAGAAACAGAAGAGAAGCAAAGAGCGACCGUGGUUCGGUAGCACCAUUGCAGGAUCCGUAACAGAGGAUCAGGUCAAAUGGAUGACGGCCCUAAUGUUCGGCGAACACACGAAUGUGCUCCCUACACCCAGACUCGUUAUCACGUAAACUGUUGUUGCUGUCCUUUUCAUACUUUAGGAAAAAGACAAGGACGAAUUACGCCUUAUUAGAAACCGAAUAUUUAUGACGUUUAAUGUUGGGAGCGCGAUUAGGAAGCCUUGACUUUAAUUAUGUUAAACUUUGUGAUGUUUAAAAUAAUAAUAAUAAGCACCUGUAUUUACGACCUUCAAGUACUCACUAUAAUUCAUGUGAAUUAAAUAUUAUAAUUGUUACGGAUUUUUACAAUUUAUUCAUAUGUAUAAUUAUAUAAUAAUAUAUGAAUUUGUGAUUACUGUUGAAAAGAUAUAAUAGUACAGUUAUUUUAUUUGAAAAAAUAAACUUAGCUGAUUAGCUAUAUACUUUUUUUAACUGUUGUAUACGCUAAUUUUAAAUACAUUUGCUCAUUCGAACCAUCAGAAGUCGGAUUUGAAGACAUUAUUUUCAUCGGAACUAAAUUUAUAUUUACUUUUGUGAAAAUUAUAUAUUUAGGUAUAAUUUGUUUUGUAAUAUACCCCUUUUUCAGAUGUUUUCAAAUGUAAUUUUAAAUUAUUACUAUAUAAUAUUACAUUAUAUUCGUUUAAUAUCAUCUAAUGUCGUAAACCGGCACUCCUAGAAUGUAUGUGAUGACGUGUUCUUCUUUCCAAGACCUUUCACAUUUAUUGAAUAGUAUUAGUAAUAAAUUUUGAAGCUCUAAUGAAAAAGCAAUUUUUAAAACAUUUUUUAAUGUAUAGGUUAACAUGGAUAAGACCACUGGGUUUCGGCGUUGUUUAAUACUUUGAUAAAUAAAAAUGUAUUUAUUUGACAUAUAAAAAGUAAGUGAACAAUAUAUUUUUAAAAUACAUAUUUUAAUAACAUAAACGAAUUAUCAAGAUAUCUAUAACAACGGCCCAAUUUUCGGUCAUACUGAUAUUUUUUUAUAUGAAAAGUAACCCAUAUUACAGAGGGCGAUCUAAUAGGCACAAUAAUAUCCAAAAUAAAAGGAAAGACUUUUGUGUUUCGUGUUCUUUUUGCUAAGAGUACAUAACUAACAAAAUCGUUGCAACUGUCGGUUUCAAAUAAAUAAAUACAUCAGUCGAAUCACCGUUAUAAAGCAAUUGAAAUAAAACUCUUAUUUUCUUUCCCCGUCCCUAUUAUUUGGGGUCAGAUCUCGUAUAUUUGCGUCAGGCGAUUCUGUCUUUGGUUAUCUCUAU